UUCUAAACAGGUGUUUUUAUAUUUAUUUAUGUAAAUUAACUGUCAUUGUAGUGGAGAAUACCUACAGAUCGCGAUCGAGAAAAACAUGGCACAGAAAGAGGGUAACAAGCUAUGGGGAGGCCGAUUCACAGGUGAUGUAGACCCAGUGAUGGAAGAGUUUAAUGCAUCAAUAGGCUUUGAUCGGCGCAUGUGGAAAGAAGACCUCGAGGGAAGCCAGGCUUAUGCCAAGGCACUGGAAAAAGUCAAUCUUCUGAACAACUCUGAAAUGAUGCAGAUCAUAGAUGGUUUAGAGAAGAUCAAAGGUGAAUGGUCAAGUGGCAAGUUUGAGUUGAAACCAGGAGAUGAGGACAUUCACACUGCAAAUGAAAGAAGAUUGAAGGAGUUAAUUGGAAUUGUUGGUGGUAAGCUGCACACAGGAAGAAGUAGAAAUGAUCAGGCACAAGUAGAUGCUAGGUUAUGGCUCAGGUCUGAAAUCAAACGGCAAAAAGAAUAUCUUGCAGAUUUUUUGAAGACAAUCAUCAAAAGAGCAACUGAUGAAAUUGAUGUCAUAAUGCCUGGAUAUACCCACCUACAGCGUGCUCAGCCAAUCAGAUGGAGCCACUGGUUGUUAUGUCAUGCUUGGGCUUUUCAAAGGGAUGCAGAAAGACUUCAUGAAGUUGCAUCACGAGUAAAUGUUCUUCCAUUGGGAAGUGGUGCUCUGGCUGGCAAUCCGUUUGGCAUUGAUAGGCGUUUCCUUGCAARAGAGCUUGGUUUUUGUGAGAUCAGCGGUAACAGCAUGGACGCAGUUGGUGACAGAGAUUACAUUGCCGAGUUCAUGUUCUGGGGGACGAUGGUUGCAACGCAUUUGAGUCGUUUGGCCGAAGACCUUCUCAUCUACAGCACUCAGGAAUUUGGUUUCGUGAAGCUCUCUGAUGCCUAUAGCACAGGAAGCAGUCUGAUGCCACAGAAGAAAAACGCGGACAGUCUUGAACUAAUACGAGGAAAAUCUGGCCGAAUAUUUGGACGAUGUUCAGGAUUCCUGAUGACAUUGAAGGGUUUGCCCAGUACAUACGACAAAGACUUACAGGAAGACAAGGAGCCCUUGUUUGAUGUCUGUGACACGUUACGUGGUCUUCUUCUUGUUGCUACUGGUACUCUCGCCACUUUAACAAUUAAUAAAGAGAGGAUGAAUGCAGCUCUCAGUCCAGACAUGCUGGCUACAGACUUGGCUUAUUAUCUUGUGAGGAAAGGGGUCCCAUUUCGGCAGGCUCAUUCGUUAUCAGGAGGAGUUGUCCAUCUUGCUGAACAGAAGAACUGCGCACUGAAUAAACUGACAGUUGAAGAUCUUAGAACAAUCAGCCCUCACUUCCAAGACGAUGUGAAGAUAGUUUGGAACUAUGAAAAUAGUAUUGAACAAUAUAAAGUUGAAGGUGGGACAGCCAAGGAAUCAGUGCAGGAACAGAUCAACAAACUUCACCAGUGGAUAAACUUAUAUCUCACAACUAAAUAAGUCAUAGAAUGUUCAUAUCCAUGUACAUGUCCAGGGCGGUGACACCUUAAAAAGUUAGAUAGACAUUAUUAUUAUUAUUAUUUAAGGAAUAAUUUACAAUUGGCAUUAAAUAGGCUAUAAAAUGAAUGUUUAUCAAGGAGUGCCUCGAAAAUGCAGGAAAAUCUGUACUAUUUCCUACAUCCCCGGCCUAGAAACUUUGAAAACCCUUAGAUAAAUAGGCCUCUAAUUGUAAGAUAUUACUUCCGCUUACAAGAGAUUACUUCCGUAUAUUAUGCGUGUAUCUAUUAAUUAGCAUAAUUGCACGUGGAAAAUAAAAGCAGAAUAUUAAGUGAG